UUUUUCUUCAAUUCAAAUUUGUUUUCCUAUUGUUGCACAAUGGCUGUGACUCAUGCUGAUCUUGAACCAAGUCGCCCUAGCACCAAUUUAGGUAGCAAAAUGGGUGCAUUUCUUAUGGUUUUGUCAAUACUUCUUGGCCUCUUUUGCUUCAUUCUCUCCCUCAUUGCUGAGGCUACGCGUUCUCAGGUGACAAUGAGAGGUAAAGAUGAAUGCACAUAUAGUGGUAGUGGGAAGACACCUUUGUUGUGUGCUAGUGCUGCAUUUUUUGUUCUGGCAAUUGCUAUGGUAAUUGAGCACACUUACUUGUUGAUUGUUGUGAGCAAAACAACUCCUCCUCAUGUACUUUAUUGGGAUCCUCAUUCCCCAUCUGUCAAAACUCUUGUUUGGCAAGCUGGCUUCUUCUUUGUUUCUACCUGGGUUUCAUUUGCUGUUGGGGAGAUAUUAUUACUAAUAGGGCUAAGUGUUGAGUCUGGACACCUAAGACACUGGGAAACACCAAGAGAAAGUUGUUUAGUACUUGGACAGGGGUUAUUCUCUGCUGCUGGAAUUUUUGGCCUAUUGACAGUUUUCUUGGCUGCUGGUUUAUACAUCACAGCUCUCCGUGCACAACGACUCUUACUUCAUCAAGAAAGCAUUAGUCGUCAAAUCCUGGAAACCUCUAUGCUUUUUGCAUCUCCGCCAAGAUCUCCUCGAUCAAUCAUUAGACCUGUACCUAAUGAAAAUCCCAUUUCAAGAAUAGAUCAGAGUAAUAUUGAACAUGAUACUACUUCAUUAGCACAGUACUUAUCUGACUUUGACAAGUACUUGCACUUGGUUUGAAGGAAACCACAACAAUGUGUAAAUUGUAAAUGCAUAUACUAUGUGUGAUCUUGAAUGUGGUGGGCAGAAAAUCUUGAUUCCACUUCAAUUCAUCAUAUAGCUGAGGGAAAAAACAUAUAGCGCGUGUCUUUUCUGUUUUCUAACAAGAUUGAUAUGUAUAUAAUUUUUACCAAUCUUUUUUUGGUUUAUGGACAUAACUGUUUCUAAGUGCAACUACUUCACAUUCUUCAUGUUGAUACAAAA